AUGCCAACCCUCAGCGGUCCGCCUCUCAAUCUGCCGGCCGGUCUCUCCUUCGUAACCUUGGAAAUGGCUCAGCAAUUUCAACCAAAUUUGAGAUGGGAUUUAAUCACCUUAAUUGCCUGUGAGGUCUAUGAGUGCCGGGAGCUGGAUAGAAGGAAAAGAUUCAUGUUGGUGCCCACACUGACAGAAGCACCGUCAGAAACCAUCAGUUACCUCGUGGGUUUGACAGGAGCUGCUGGGCCAACCCAUGUCUCCAGCUCCAGACUAACCGCUGCAGUGUGGUAUUGCCUGCAAAGCAGUGGGAAGAUCAAACAGCCUUUCAGCCAGCUGCUCAACAUUGGUCACUGCCUUCAGAGAACGAUGAACCCAUCAGCGCAGCUGAGCGCUGCUGUACAUCACCCAGCACAUGCAGAGUCCGAUGAAAAGGAAGAUGAACUGAAUAACAUUUCCAUAAAUCAGAAAGCGUUAAUGGUUCCCGAUGUGGACAGGGUAACACCACAGCACGCGCCUGAGCCGCUCUUGCCAGCGUCGCCUGUCACUCUUGGGGAUUUGGGCUGUCUGGGGGCCAGAAAGCGGCUCUUCUUCUCCAAAACCCAUCUGAUGUCAGUGCAUCUUGUCUUUAAGCUAAGAGCCAUAAAUGUAUACUGGGAAGUGAAGGAGCGGCAUAUUUAUAUCAUCCAGCCCUACACGCCAGAGGAAGAAGGGCACGAAGUCCUUCUACAGACUGGUAAAUACACAAGGGAAGAAUCGGCAGAUGGUGGACGGGAGGUAUUAAUGCCACUGCCCGUCUGCGCGGUGUCGGUGCAGAUUGCACCGGGAAGGUUCUCGAGUCAGCUCCCCGCCGAGGCCACCAACAGAGGCGCAGCCACACGGAUCGAGGCAGUAACUCCAUUUUAUCAAGGAAUAUACAGGGAAGAAGUGUGCCAAACUACUGCGAAAAACACUGCACCACGAGAAAAAUCUCAGAAAGCUAUUCAGGAUGAAAUUCGAUCUGUUAUCAGACAAAUAACUGCCACAGUAACUUUUCUGCCACUGUUGGAGACUGCCUGUGCCUUUGACUUGCUGAUAUACACAGAUAAAGACUUGGCGGUGCCAGAAAAGUGGGAAGAGUCAGGACCACAAUUCGUAGCCAAUUCGGAAGAGGUUCGUCUUCGUUCCUUCACUACUACAAUCCACAAAGUAAAUAGUAUGGUGGCUUACAAAAAGGAUUCCUUUCCCUAAGCCAUGGGGGUUUUGUAUAUAUCCUGUCACCUUGUACAGUUUCUGUUCAUAGUGCAGCUAAGUCAUGAACACAUCAUUACUGUUGCUCUUGCUGAAGUAUACA